AUGGACCCCCCCAGGGCCCCCCCCGUGGCGCUGCCGGCGCUGGACGCCAUCGCCUUCUCGGGGGGAGCGGCCGAGAGCCCGGCAUGGACACUGCUGACCACUGGAGUGACCACUGCAGUGACCCCUGCACUGACCACUGCAGUGACCCCUGCAGAGAGCCCCGCACGGACACCGCUGACCACUGGAGUGACCCCUGCAUGGACACCGCUGACCCCUGCACUGACCACUGCACUGACCACUGCAGUGACCCCUGAGCUGACCUCUGAAGUGACCCCUGCAUGGACACCGCUGACCCCUGCAGUGACCCCUGCACUGAGCCCUGCAGUGACCACUGAGCUGACCACUGCAGUGACCCCCUGCAGUGACCCCUGCAGAGAGCCCGCACGGACACCGCUGACCGCUGCACUGACCACUGCAGUGACCCCUGCACUGAGCCCCGCAGUGACCCCUAAAAUGCCCCCUGAAGUGACCCCUGCAUGGACACUGAUCCCUGAGGUGACCCCUGCAGUGACCCCUGCACUGACCCCUGCACUGACCCCUGCAGUGACCCCUGCAUGGACACCGCUGACCCCUGCAGUGACCCCUGCACUGACCCCUGCAGUGACCCCUGCCCAGCCCCCCGCCCUGACCCCCGCCCCGGCCGCAGUGCCGGACGUGUUCUGGGCCAGCCUGCUCCGUGCCCAGCUCUGUGUCCGGGAGCUCCAGGGCGCCAUCGAGGGACAGACGGACACGGGCGACCACCUGCAGGAACAACACCGGGAACAACACCAGGAGCUCCACCAGGAUGGGCUGGGGAGCAUCUCCCAGGAGCUCCAAGGCCAUGGAUCCACGUUUGAGGAGAUCUUCCAGGUGUGCAUGGGUGAGAACAUCCCACCCAAACCCAUGGUCACACAUGAGAACAUCCCACCCAAACCCAUGGCCAAGGAUGAGGACAUCCCACCCAAACCCAUGGAGGACGUCUCACCCAAAUCCAUGACCAUGGAUGGGAACAUCUCCCAGGAGCUCCAAGGCCAUGGAUCCACGUUUGAGGAGAUCUUCCAGGUAUUCAUGGAUGAGAACAUCCCACCCAAAUCCGUGGAUGAGGAUGAGAACAUCUCACCCAAACCCAUGGUCAAGGAUGAGGACAUCUCACCCAAACCCAUGGUCAAGGAUGAGGACAUCCCACCCAAACCCAUGGAGGACAACGUCUCACCCAAAUCCAUGGCCUCACAUGAGAACAUGUCACCUAAAUCCAUGACCAUGGAUGGGAACAUCUCCCUGGAGCUCCAAGGCCAUGGAUCCACGUUUGAGGAGAUCUUCCAGGUGUGCAUGGGUGAGGACAUCCCACCCAAACCCAUGUUGAUGGAUGAGAACAUCUUCCAGGUGUCCACAGAUGGUUCCAUCCCACCCAAAUCCAUGGAUGAGGACAUCCCACCCAAAUCCAUGCCCAUGGAUGAGAAUGUUCUCCAGGUGUCCACAGAUGGAUCCAUCCCACCCAAGCCCAUGACCAUGGAUGGGAGCAUCUCCCAGGAGCUCCAAGGCCAUGGAUCCACGUUUGAGGACAUCCUGCAGGUGUCCAUGGAUGAGGACAUCCCACCCCAGGCCGUUCCCAUGGAGCAGAGCUUUGAGUUCUUCUUUGGGGGCAUCAUGACCAUCAGUGGGGACACCUCAUCGUGGACAGUGACCAUGGAUGGUCCCACCUUGUCCAAGUCCAUGACCAUGGAUGGUCCCACCUCAUCGUGGACAGUGACCAUGGAUGGUCCCACCUCACCCAGGUCCGUGACCAUGGAUGGUCCCACCUUGGCCAAGUCCAUGACCAUGGAUGGUCCCACCUUGGCCAAGUCCAUGACCAUGGAUGGUCCCACCUCACCCAGGUCCGUGACCAUGGAUGAAGCGAUGUCUCCAGAGAACGUUCCCAUGGAUUCCAGGGUCUCCCCCAGUCCCAUGGCCAUGGAUGGUCCCACCAUGGAUGGUCCCAUCUCCUCCAGGCCCCAAGCCCCCAGACUCAGCCAGGAGGGACAGGAAGGUGACGAUGAUGGUGACGACCACCAUGACCAUGAUGACCAUGAUGACCACCAUGACUGUGAUAACCGUGAUGACCACAGUGACCUUGAUGACCACAAAGACCAUGAUGACCACCAUGAUCACCAUGACCUCAAUGACCAUGAUGACCACCAUGACCUAGAUGACCACAAUGACUUCAGUGACCUCAAUGACCAUAAUGACUGUGAUGACCACCAUGACCACCAUGACCUUGAUGACCACCAUGACCACAAUGACCACCAUGACCUUGAUGACCACCAUGACCACCAUGACCACAAAGACCAUGAUGACCGCAGUGACCAUGAUGACCACCAUGACUGUGAUGACCACUAUGACCACAAUGUCCACCAUGACCACCAUGGCCACAAAGACCAUGAUGACCACCAUGACCACCAUGACUGUGAUGACCACCAUGAGCUCAAUGACCACAAAGACCAUGAUGACCACAAUGACCACCAGGACCGUGAUGACCACCAUGAGCUCAAUGACCACAAUGACCUAGAUGACCGCAAUGUCCACCACGACCACCAUGACCGUGAUGACCACCAUGACCACGGUGACUCCUCCCAUGAAGAUGAAGACAAGGAGAACCUGGAUGAGGAGAACCUGGAUGAGGAGAACCUGGAUGAGAAGGACCUGGAGGAGGAGAACCUGGAGGAGAACCUGGAUGAGGAGAACCUGGAUGCUGAGGAGAACAUGAAGGAGAAGAACCUGGAUGAGGAGAACCUGGAUGCUGAGAAGAACCUGGAUGAGAAGGACCUGGAUGAGGAGGACCUGGAUGAUGAGGAGAACGUGGAUGAGGACCUGGACGAUGAGGAGGACCUGGAUGAAGACCUGGACGAGGACGAGGAGCCCCAUUUCCACACCAAUCCCCUGUUCCAGCGCCCGCUGCCCCCGGGGGUGCCCCCCUGGCGUCCCCACGGUGCCACCCUUGGGUGUCACCACCCCGGAACCGCCACCACCACCACGGGCUGGGGACCACCCAGGACCCCGGAAUUUGGGGACCCCCCGGAUCCGCCUCCGGAAUUUGGGGACCCUCCGGAAUUUGGGGAUCCCCCGGAAUUUGGGGACCCCCUGGAAUUUGGGGAGCCCCCCUUGGUGUCUUCUCCUCCCCCAGGACCACCCAGAACUCCGGAAUUUGGGGACCCUCCGGAAUUUGGGGAUCCCCUGGAAUUUGGGGACCCUCCGGAAUUUGGGAACCCCCCGGAAUUUGGGGACCCCUUGGAUCCACCCCUGGAACUUGGGGACCCCCCAAAAUGGGUGGAUCCAAAAUGGGGGGGGCCGGACCAUCCCACCCCCCUGCAGGAGCCCCCCAGUUCCUGGGACCCCCCAGAUUUACCCCAAAAGGAGGGACCCCAAAAAUCCCAAAUCCCCCCAGAUUUACCCCAAAAGGAGGGACCCCAAAAACCCCAAAUCCUCCCAGAUUUACCCCAAAAGGAGGGACCCCAAAAAUCCCAAAUCCCCCCAGAUUUACCCCAGAAAGGGAGACCCCAAAACCUCCCAGAUUUACCCCAAAAAGAGGGACCCCAAAGCCCCCAAAUCCCCCCAGAACCCCCAAAUUUGCCCCUAAAAGAGGGACCCCAAAGACCCCCAGAUUUACCCCAAAAAGAGGGACCCCAAAAAUCCCAAAUCCCUCCACUUUUACCCCAAAUCCCUCCACUUUUACCCCAAAAACAGGGACCCCAAAACCUCCCAGAACCCCCAAAUGUGCCCCUAAAAGAGGGACCCCAAAACCUCCCAAAUUUAUCCCAAAAAGGGAGACCCCAAAACCUCCCAGAACCCCCAAAUUUGCCCCUAAAAGAGGGACCCCAAAAACCCCAAAUCCCCCCAGAUUUACCCCCAAAAGGGAGACCCCAAAACCUCCCAGAUUUACCCCAAAAAGAGAGACCCCAAAACCUCCCAGAUUUACCCCAAAAAUUGGGACCCCAAAUCCCCCAAAUCCUCCCAGAUUCGCCCCAAAAAUUGGGACCCCAAAUCCCCCCAGAACCCCCAAAUGUGCCCCUAAAAGAGGGACCCCAAAGACCCCAAAACCUCCCAAAUUUACCCCAAAAAGAGAGACCCCAAAGCCCCCAAAUGCCCCCAAAUUUACCCCAAAUCCUCCGAGAUUCACCCCAAAAAUUGGGACCCCAAAUCCCCCCAGAUUUACCCCAAAAAUUGGGACCCCAAAUCCCCCCAGAACCCCCAAACUGGACCCCUCCAAAUGCCCCAAAUUCACCCCAAAUCUCCCUGAGCCCCCAAAUCUCCCCCAAAUCCACCUCAAACCCCCCAGGACCCCCAAAAUCCCCUCAGGACCCCGAGGAGCCGCCCCCCAAAACCAGCCGGGAGCCCCCCGGGGAGGAGCCCCAGGCCCUGGCCCGGCGCCUUUUCCGCCUGGACGGGGUCAGGAAAUCCCAGGUGGCCGCGUUCCUGCGCAAGGACACGGAGUUCAGCGCUCGGGUGGCGCGGGAGUACCUGGAGCUGUUCCAGUUCCAGGGCCUGAGCCUGGAGCAGGCCCUGAGGCAGUUCCUGCGGGCCCUGGUGCUCUCGGGGGAGACCCAGGAGCGCGAGCGGGUGCUGGGGCAUUUCUCGAGGCGCUUCCACCGCUGCAACCCCGGGGCUUUUCCCUCGGCUGACUCCGUUCACACCCUCACCUGCGCCCUGAUGCUGCUCAACACCGACCUGCACGGCCAGCGCCUGGGCCGGGCCAUGAGCAGCUCCGAGUUCGUGACCAACCUGAGCGGGCUGAUGGACGGGCAGGACUUCCCCCGGGAGCAGCUCAAGGCUCUGUACGGUUCCAUCCGCAGCCGGAAACUGGAAUGGGCGACGGACGACGAGGACGAGCCCGAUUCCCAAAAGGCCAAAAAAGCCCCGAAAUUCCCAAAUCCCGAAAUUCCCCCGGAAUUCUUGGGGGGCCCCGGCCCCGCCCGCAGGGGGGUCCUGGCCAGGAAGGUCCUGGCAGAGAGCGACGGCAAAAAGGCUCCGUGGGGCCGGCGGGGCUGGAAGCGCUUCCGGGCCGAGCUCCGGGGGCCCCUCCUGGCGCUGCUCAGGGACCCCCCCGAGGGCCCCGAGGAGCUUUUGGGGCUCCCGCACGCGCAUGCGCGGCCACACCCCCAGUACAGCAAACGGCCCCACGUGUUCCUGCUGCGCACCGGGGACCGGAGAGAGUUCCUCUGCCAGGCACAGAGCGCCCAGGAGCUCUCCCAGUGGGUGUUUGGCAUCAACGUGGCCGCUGCCCUGUGCUCGGCGCCCCCGUUCCCGGCGGCCGUGGGGUCCCGGCGCCGCUUCGUGAGGCCCAUCCUGCCCUCGGCACCCAGCCGGUGUACCCCGGAGCAGCAGCAGGCCCAGCUGCGUCACUGGCUGGGGACAGUGACGUGCCAGCUGCUGGAGCACCAGCGGCUCCUGCCCGAGGGACGGGGACGGGAGCAGGAGGAGCACCGGGCACACGGGGACUUCCUGCGGCACGAGCGCCAGCGCUGCCUCACCUACGUGCAGGCGCUGGGGGCGUGGCUGGGCGGGGACAGCGGCGACAGCGCCGCCCUCGGCGACAGCGACAGCGCCACCCUUGGCGACAGCGCCAGCGCCGAGUGUCCCCCGGUGCCCGCGCCGCUCACCAAGUGCCACUCGAGCCCCUCGCUGGUGACAGAGCCACCCCCGGGCCGCGUGCGGCGCCACAUCUCGGAGCGCAGGGCCACGCGUGUCAUUGUCCCCAAGCGCCACCGGGACCGCGUGUGACACCGUGGGAGUGUCACUGUCACUGUCCCCAAGCGCCACCGGGACCGCGUGUGACACCGUGGGAG